AUGCCACUUUUUAACAUUGUAGCCAAAAAGUUGAAGGCCUCUGAAUAUGUCGUGCAGAAGGUGGAGGAGGGGAAGGCUCUGCGCACAGUUCUUCCGCACAUUUCGCGGAAGUUGGGCAUACCGUCCAUGAAGAACUAUGUAGCCUUUAUGUGCGAUGAGAAAAGGCAACCGGUGGGCCUGCUGGACAUGGACGUUCCACUGGAGGAACAGGGUGUGCGACCCUUGUCUUUCAUCUACGUGUCUCCUAUUGACGCCACACCAAAACGCCCAGAUGGUAGGGAGCUCCCACUGGCAUCGGAGCUUAAGCAGAUUAGGCAACAAGAGGAGGAGGAGGAGGAUGUUCCACCAUCCCCGCCCCCACCUUUGGAAGAAAAAGAAGAGACUCUUGUCAAGCUGCAUGCUGAAGAGGAAGAGGCAGCCAAGAGGCCGGUGGUACGCAUCCAUGAUGUUGCUGCCGGGGAAUCAGUGAACCAGUCGCUCUAUAAGGCGCCAAACAAUGGACACUGUCGGGUUGACAGUACCCAUUCAACGGGAGUGGAGCACAGGGUCCAAAUUAAUCCUGUUCCUGACGUUGCUGGAGUCGUAGAACCUGAAGACAGCUCUAUUGACGUCGAAUGUCCUGCACCAGACGUAAUGGCCCUCCAACUUGCCGCCCUCGCGAAGGAAGGCUCAGUGCACUACACUGUUCUUUUGCGGCUUGCAAACUUGGUGUUAAGUAAACGUCCAAGCAACCCACAGGUAUUUCUUUGGUCCCAUCUGCAAGGUAAAUCAGGUGGUCCUGAAACGGGUUUACAGCUCCAAAAAAAGGAAAAUUAUCGUCGUGCGCUUAGCGCCACACCCACGUUUGCCCCUGUUGGUGAUACCGCAGAGGAGCGUCUUGUUUCCGUGUCCCCGGCGGGUCCUGCCAGAACGGCAAUGCGUUCCUGGGCGAAGCGUCUUCUUGAGAGUAAACCUGACAAUCCGGUGGUGUUCAUGUGGUCCAAACUGGAGGCAAAGAUGGAGCGGGACGCACUUGGAAUGUCGGUUUCACGAAUAUCAAACAGUGGAGUAACGGAAGACUCCACAAAGUUGUUGCUGCUUCGUGGUGUUCCACGUAACUCCCCCAGCUACGUGGUGAUGCGCAACCUGGUUGACCGCAUCCUUGACAAAAAGCCAGAGCAGCCCGAGAUAUGGAUGCUGUAUAACUUUGUUGCCCGCUUCAGGACUUCCGCAUCGGCUUCGGGGAACUCACCACCAGCGUCGUUUCAACGUGCGGAUGAGGUUCCUACUGAGGACGAUAAUUGCAGUUCGAAUCGUGAAGACGCAUUUCCUGCCAUGGGCGCGUCCAUGCCGCGUGCAUUCUCGAUGCUGCCGAAUCAGUGGGUGGAUAGCGUUAUGCCGCACUCAAUUCAAAAUAUUGUCACGCAGCCACAGACCAGGGAAAUAUCGACGCAAACCUCUUCUACAUUUCAGCCGAACGAGGUGGCAGACGCAGCUCGAGUUGCAAUCGUACCACGUGCAAAAAGUGUAUCACCUGCGCCGGCCGGGGGUUUUCUGUGCGAUCGUUCACCACGGGAGCUGCUGCAACCGCCGCCGUGCGAUCCGCAACUAUUCAGCUGCCGCCACUGCGGUUGUGACGCCGGGGGCUCUGACAGGGAGCAUCGACAGGUGUCUCCUUUUUGUCAUGGUGAGUACGGCUUGCUGUGUGAUCCGUUGCAGCGCGCCGUGGGAACUUUGCCCCAACAGGGUUAUUCCACCCGCAACCUUGUACUCCCAUCUCAGCCGCGCGAGGGAAAUCCUUCAGGAUGUGGAGGGAAUAACGGCAAGAGGGCUGACGGUGACAGAGCAAGGCAGGGUGAAGCUUUGCCGAUUCCACCGUGGGAGAAAAUUCCACUUCAGCCAGAGUCACCAUCAUUUCUUUUCUUAAGCGGUGAAUCGUCCGAGUUGCAGUAUGAGGUGCGACGACGCGAAAUGGAGCGUGCAGAAACGCUUUACGAGUACAACUGGCUCCUGCAGCGCGAGGCAAUACGCAAAGAGCAGCUACAAAAAGAGCUUGAGCUUCUGCGUUACGAACGGGGGAUUCGUGAGAGAAUGAUGCGCCAUAGCCCCAACGCACACGUAGCCGUGACGGCGCGGACUCCUGCAACUUCACAAGAUGGAACUGAGAGGUGCCUUUAUGGUUUUAGGCGACGAGGCUCACCGGAACCUCCUUCUGAACUAGAUGUCAUCCGCAAACGUUUGGAGUUACUGGACAUGGAGGAGGCCCGCUUUCGCCAUUUGUCACGCACACCAAAUCGUUUAGCCGUGCCAACUAGGAGAGACGCAGUCAGUGAUGCGGUUCUUCGUGCUACCCACGAUAGUCCUGCGUUGCUUCACUAUAGUGAUCGCGUGGGUAUUUCACCACACUUCAACCCCGUGGUGCAGACGAUUGCCGGAGAUGGGGACUUGUCGUGA